AUGCACAUAUUCUCCGGCUUCUUCCAGCUCUACCCCUCCGGCUACAGCUCCACCAGCGUCGUCACUGUCAGCACCCACCUCGAGGGCGCCGGCGCCGCGUACAACCUCGAGGGCGCCGCGAAGAACGUCGGCGACGCGCUGAUCCCGGACACGGGAUUGGACGCCCAGGUCGGCGGCAAGCACGUCCUCCCCGCGAUAGAUUUGUCCCAUCCCGGGAGGCCGGGCUCGAGAUUCGGUGACACGGGACGUGCCCCUUUCCAAUCCCAUCCACCGUUGGAUCUGUCGCAAGUGCCAUUACCGGAGACUCGGAUCAUGCAGCACGCGCCCGGCUGGACGAUCUUUGAAAACAUCUACAUGUCGAAUGGCACCCUCUUUAUCUUGUCCGAGAAGGGCAGGACCGAGUUCCCUGGCAUCUCUCUCAUGACAUCCACGGGCUUACCAGCCGCCAACACCCCGGAAUCGAUCCAAGAACGCAUGCCGACGGACCGUGACAUGGAUUUCGUAACACCAGCACAGGCGAAGGAACGAUGGGGGGGUCCAGCUGGAAACCGUGUCUGGAGCGUCGAGGGCAACACCGUACUCUUCAACGAUCCCUCGCAAUUCCUGGACCACUAUUAUCACUUCUGCGCCGAACUUCUCCUCGGAAUGUGGUCGUUCUGGACAGGAACGUUCAAGGGCAGCAAGCGCCGGCUGUCCACCAUGGAUACACCCUCCACAGCGUUCCCACCCAUCACCCGCACUAUCUUCGCUCAUUCCGAGCCGGAAGGUUGGAGGGACAAGCCGGGUUUUAACUCGUACUUUUUCCGCGCGGCCUUCCCAAGCAUCACUGUCGAGACGCGGGCAGACUGGGCGGACCGGAUAAAAGCCACCCAAGAUGAAGAUCGCGUAUGGCAUUUCCCUGUCCUCCUUCUCGCCGACCGCAGCGCAGCCUUCCGAGGCGCCGAGUGCGGAAGCCGCACGCAACGGACAGCCUCCGAAGCGCUCGAAGAAGUCAAGAAGAACGGCGCGCUUGUCUCGGGAUGGUGGGAGCCCGUUCGGCGCGCAGUACUCCAUUUCGGCGGCGUCGAGCAGAGCGUGAUCGACCUCGCCGCGCCGCUUACGAUAGACGCCGAGGACGUCGUGAUCACGUACGUCUCGAGACAGGGGAGCAGGCGGCAUUUGAUCGAGAAGGAUCACGAUGGAUUGGUGAAGGCGCUCGAGGAAGAUUUGCAUUCGAGGCGUUGGGAGCUGAAUGUGAUUCAGGCGGAGAGGAUGACGCGGGAGGAGCAGUUGAAGGUCGUGGCCAAGACCACGGUUAUGCUUGGUGUGCACGGGAACGGUCUAACCCACCUUAUCCUCAUGCCGCCCACGCGGUUAUCAACCGUCAUCGAGAUUUUCUACCCCGAGGGUUUUUCGCAUGAUUACGAAUGGACGACGAGAGCUCUAGGCAUGAAACACCUUGCUGUCUGGAGAGACAAGUACAUGACGUACCCCAACACGCCCUCCGUUAACUAUCCGGAAGGCUUCCAGGGAACACAAAUACCCGUCGUCGGUGAGGCCGUCGCGAAACUCGUCGAGGAGCGCGCGGAAGGACGGCUAUAA